AAAAAUCCUUGGCGCUGCCUCGGCACGAUUGAUUUUGAUAUAUAUGUACAAGUUGGCGUUUAUUUCUUGAUCAGAGAUGCGUGUCCAGUCGUGCCGAGGGUAUUUUCAACUACGCGUCGUGCGUGCCCCUGGGACCGACGCUUCGACGGCGCGAAGUAGAAGUUCUGCUAGAUGGUCGUCACAAGGGCAUCAACAUCUCUCAAGCAGACCAAAGGCGACCGCGACGUCCUUGCGGCACUAUGCGCAACACGUGGCGGCAGUCUCAUGCAGUUCGUCAUCGUCCUCGUCGUCGCGACCACCGGUGCCGCCGAUCCCACCGCCGCCGACCGGGACAAGUGGCACCUCCCCGGCCAGCCUGGAAAUGGCGUUCUGCAGCACGACGAGUUCAGGUUUAGAAGUACAAAGCGUAACUACAUUGCGCGGCAGUAACUAUCAUGGAGACGGCCUGUCAGCAGGAGCAGGCACAUCAUCUUCAACUGUGUUCCCACAACAGUCGGAGCAGCAGCUUUCUUCAAGAAAUACAGCACUCAAUGGUGGACCCGACCCGGGAACGGGAUGGCUCUCCGCUGAGAAUGGUCGAGCCGUUGGAAUAGAAGUGGAGUCCUCCGCAACCGAAACAAACAUUCAGGGUCUCAAAAAAGCAAGGUUCAACAUUUCCCCACAUGGCGAACUACGGACGCCACCGACACUUCCAUUAGAAAGGGCGCCUCUGGGUGGCGGUCAGAAGAACGUUGUCCUUGACGAUUCAUCUUGUUCGCAUCAGCACGCCUCGGAGAGAGCGUCUCCCUCGGCAACUCCUUCUCUACUUUCCUCAGAAGCCAAGGCGGAGGUUGGGUUCCUGCACAGCCUGCGAGCGCGCGCACCCUUGCUCUUCACCGACGCCGACCAGCAUCGUGAAAUUGACCUAGCUCGGCAAAGAGUGAACUCGGAAACAAGCCGUGGUAGUCCUAAAAAUGCAGCUGCAGUGUCGUCUCGGAUUAUUAGUAGUGCCAGCGAACAAGGAGAUGCACCAACCGCACAACGUGAAGAAACAAACACUGUCCCCGUCAACGACGCUAUCGCUACCUCCAACGAGGACACACAAACUGCGGCUGCGCCACUCGAAACUGCGUCGUCUUUUCCGGCCCAGCUGCUGUUCGCGGACCAAGCCUCCGCACCGUGGAGAACGCGCGUGAACAUAGACCACCUUUCGGACCGCCUGCUCGAGCGGGACCGAUCGCUGCUGCCUGACCUCGAGCAAUAUACGCGGAAGCAGCGCUGGUUGGUCACGACCAAGUAUCAAAUGUAAAAAUGUCUGGGUCUGGAAGAAUGCGAGAUUUGUGAUGCAGGUUUUCCAUGACCCAUGAGGUCUGGAAUGCGAGACCCAGUGUGACAGAUUCUUUGCGGUCUGUAUCAUGCCUUUCCUGCAUGAGCAACUCCCUCUCAACUUGGUCAAAAGCGGACAGCUUUUGGCACUCACGCAACACAGAUUUUUGCAUCAUUUAGAUUUUGCAUGACAAGUUCUAAUCUUCCAGACCCAGACAAAUUUACAUUUGAUACCAAGGCGCUUCUCGAGGAGCGAUGCGGGGGCACGUUGCACGCCUUCGGCAGUUGCGCGAACGGGUUUUGGAUGCGCGGGUCCGACGUAGACGCAUGCUUGCUAGUUCCGGGAUGCAACGUGAAAGAGGCACAGGUAUCGAAGUUGAAACUCGUCGGUGCACUGCUGCGCGCUGCAAAUGCGGGCAAGGUGCUUGUCGUGCCCGCGAAGGUGCCGGUUGCAAAAGUCACCAAUUUAGACGGCAGCGACGCGGGGGACAUCAGUAUCAACAACAGCGUGGCGAUCGACAACAGCAACUUCGUUCGCACGCUUGCCAUGUUUGAUCCGCGGGUGCGGCACGUCGGAAGGGUCGUGAAGUCCUGGGCCAUGCAGCGAAAGAUCAACCAGCGGGCCGAGGGGACGCUGUCAACCUACACUAUCAUGCUGCAGCUGUUCUACCUGGUGCAGAAGUGUCAUAGGGUCGUGCCUCUCUACAGGUAUAUGUAACAAAUAAGCAUGAGCGCUGGCGCUGCAUGAUUUAUCUUUACCCCUAGUGCUAGCUUUGCCUCAACCGGUGCACCAGUAUCAUGAUGGAUCUCACAAGAAUAUAAGAAAGUAAAUGCUCAUUGUUGAAAAAACUAUCAGGGAGCUUGUCUCAGACCAGGAUCGUCCAAAAAGUCGCGUGGACGGCGCACCCAUCGUGGAGUUGAAGGGUCGGAGCGAUUUCAAGGCAGACGAGUUUGACCAGACCACCUCAGUUGGCGAGCUUUUCAUCAACUUCUUCCUGGUAGCAUACAGAAGUUUUGCUUUACGCAGGCACGAUGCAACGGAUUUUACAUACUGCUCCCUGUUUCUCAACCCCUAAAAUGACCAAAUGUAGAUGUAGGCUGCAGAGUCCUCGAGUCUGUCAUGCUCAUGGCAUUCUUUGACAUCCUUCAGGUCUUUGGUUCUUCCGGGUUCUCCGCAGAAAACGGUUUAGGCCGCACUAUUCUCGACGGUGACGUGGAGGAGAACGACGAGGGCACGUUGAUUAUGCGGUGUCCGAUUUCGAAGGCGAACGUGAACCCCAUGAGCAGCGAGACCUGGCGCAUCCUUUGGACCGAGUUCGCGCGCGCACGGGAGCUGCUAAUGGAAGGAAAAUUCGACGAAGUUUUCCUCCCGGCCGAUAUCUGUCCGCUAAGGAAACACAAAUCGGCUGUGCGGAAACAGAAAGCCGUAGCGGAACAGAACAUGAGUAACGAAGAAAAUGCCGUUUCUUGUUCGUCGGAGGACGAAGAGUCUUCUCGCAAACCGAAAGCAAAUAAUGGCACAGAGAGUGGAUCUUCCAAAAACGACGAGGAGUGUCCCGAAGAAAAAGAUAUCCAGACGACCCCAGUGGCGGCCAGCACAGCACCGGCAGCGGCCGAGACUACUAAUGAAAACGUAGCGGUCGGUAUUGGAAACGAAAAACAAACCGUCGUGGGCCAAACUGAGAGCGAUAUUUCCGGGGCGGACCAGAGCGCUCAGAUGGCCGAUGAAGGAUCGCUACAUGUUUCAAGAACGGGAAUUGAUAACGACCAAGGGAAACAGGCUGCAAUGCACCAGUAAUGGGCCAUUGCGGCGCUGCGCACACCUGGAGAUGAUUCUUGCGAUUGAAUCGCAACGCUGUACAAUAGCGUACUGUGAAGACACAGUAAAUGAUAUGCUGAAUACAGAACAGCCUUGCAAAUGAACAAGAGCGGAAACGCUUGGAGCGGCCACUGCUGUGAAUUCAACGCCACACGGAUAUUACAGGAUCCUCGGUGCUGUACGCCGAUCCAUUUG